AUGUCAUAUAUUGAUUGGAGAGGAUUGUCAAGGGAAACGGGAGAAGAAUCGGGAUUUUCAUUUGAAGAUACAUAUGAUGGAUUAGGAGAAGAACUGGAAGAAACGAAGGAUGAUAUGAAUGAGGACACGUUUGGAAUCGAUGCAGAUGGAAUUGGGAAUGAUUUUGAUUUUUCUACACAAACACAAAAAAUGGUAAAUUUGAUGAAUAAUGAGCAAGUUUUGUAUAGAAGCAAAGGGAAAAUGGGAUUAGAAGGAGGGAAUAUCCAGGGGAUGUCAAAAAUUUUGGAAAAAAAGGACAGUUUUUCAGAAAAAUCUUUUAGAUAUGAUGAAAAUGAGCAUUUGCCGCAUUUUCAGGAGAAACAGGAGAGAUAUGAUGCUAAAGAAGCUAAUUCAUGUAUGAGGGCCUUUGAAAAUUCCAUGAUUGAACUGCCUAAAACCUUUGUUUCGGAAACAGAGAGAUAUUCAUGUGAAUCAGCGAGAAAACACCUUAAAGGAUGUAUGAGUUUAGAAGAAGUGGAAGCAAAGUUUUUUGAUAUUAGUAAAAAAAAAGAUUUUCAAGAAUCGAGUCAAAAUAAUGUUUUUGAUAUGAAAAAACUAGAUGCUGCUCUUUGUACACAAACGAAAAAAACAGACAAAUUGCCUGAAGCCAAGGGUUUAGAAAGGACAUUACCUAGGUAUAAUUUUUAUACUGAUACAUCAUCUCAACACGUCAAUCAUUCUGAAAAAAAAAAAAAUGAAAAGACAGGUGAAAUAAGGAUAUUACGUAAAAACCAUGGAGAUGAUAUGUAUAACGGACUUAUGACUAUUUCUGAUAAGAAUUUUAUUAAUCGUAUACAACUUUCUCAACUUGUCUCUGAUGACCCGUAUUCUGACGACUUUUAUUAUUACAUCUAUAAUUCUUCAAAAAAUGAAAAUAGCAAGCAGAAACAAUCUAAAAAAACCGAUAAGCCUGAUAAAUCUGAUAAACUCGAUAAAUCUGACAAGCCUGAGACGCUUCAUUCAGUACAAAAUGAACAAGCUUCUGAUAAUCUUAAAAAUAAAUAUAAUGGGAAUCCUAUAUUAGAAAUGUUACAACAAAUACAGAAUAUUGUUGCCACUGGAAAAAUAAAACCAAAAGCAACCCAACUUAGUUUAGAAGGAGCAUUAGGAAAAAUAUCAUUUAGUACGGUCAGGACUCCACGUCAAAUUCUUAAUAUCAAAAAGCCAAUAGACAAUAAUACUGAUCAGAAUAACAGUGUUAAGAUAUAUAAUGCGAAUGUUAAAAAGAAUCAUAAAUUUUAUCUUUAUUGUAUUGAAAAAAUAUACGAUGAUUUAUUAGAAAUUGAAGAAAUAUUUCGAAAACAAAAACGUGAUCAAGAAAAUGACUUGCUCGUAGAUAAUGACGAGCAAAAUAAAAGACUUAAACUGCUGAAAGAACGAAUAUGGAAGAAUCUUCAAAUAAUGGAACCAAUUACUAAGAAUCCCGAUAUUGUUCAUCCAUUUAUAACAAUUAUAUCAUACAAUAAGGGCAAGAAAUUGAUACCACGAAUAUUUGAGCAUAUUAACACUGAACAAAAAUUAGCAAUUUUAACAGUAAUUGCUAUACAUUUAGAUCGCCUUGAUGUUGUUUUGUACGAUUUAUAUAAUUUGUCAAACGAAUCUCGUUCUCUAUCUAUGAAAGAAAAUAUUGAUACAUUUACGCAAGUAGCAUUGCCAUCAUUACUUACAUGUGUAUCAGAAGCAUCUUUGCAGAUCAUAAUUGAUAUUUUAAGUAUUAUGUUGGAUAGGAUGAAUUUUCAACUAAUAGCUAUGACUAAAAUUGGUCUUUCAUUUCUUACAAUGCUUAUUAGUCGAGCAGAAAUUAUAAAGCAAUUUGGACAAGCUAAUGAAAAUGAUUUGAAACAAUGGCGGAAGGUUUACGAUUUAAUGUUUUCUAAAUUAGUAGGACGUUUCGUAUGUGUUUUUCCUCCAUCUUUAUCAUUUUCCGACGAAAUAUAUCCAUGGCAAUUUAUGGCUGCAUGUGCAAUUUCAUCUACAAUUGAGCAACAACAUAUACUAGUCACUGAAGUUCGAGAAAAAGUUUUAGAUAACGUUAUUUCGAGCAAAAGUCUUCCUCCUGAUAUUGCUGCGAUAAAACUUGGCAAUGUUAAUUUAUUUUUACAUGCACUGGGAUUGGAUAUUGAGCAGCUUAAUAUUUAA